AGCAGACGACCCUUUAACAACAACCGCAGCUCCGGCCUGUUUAGACCUAUACAUGACUUCUUUUGUACUCUAGUGUUUUUGUGCUGCAGUCGCUCUUCUACGAUGGAGAUCUCGUUGCCGCCGGAACAACCAAGUGGCAUUAACUCCAGCCUGUCCACCUGCAGGGACGCUCAGUGCGGCAGCCAUGGCACCUGUGUGGCUUCUCCAGGGGGCGGCACUAAGUUUGUGUGCGACUGUGAUCUGGGCUAUAAAGGUGAAUUCUGUGAGGGCACGUUCAACGGGGCGCUAAGUGUACCGCUGACCGUCAGUGUGUUGGUCAUCGUCGUCGGUCUGGUGAUUCUCGCUAUUGUCAUCGCUAAACUGCAGCAGAAACGAAAGAAGAAGCUGCGAAGAAACUUGGAUGCAAAACAUGGCUACAACAUUGUUCUUUAAGGAAGGCAG